AUGCUGCCACUGGUUUUUGAACAUCAUAUACAAUUUUCAGAUCACGCGUUUUCUUUCAUCCCCGAGUGCAGUGCCUGGAGAAGUUUGAGCGAUCGCGCGCAGAAAUUUCUCUACUGGAGCCUCUUUUGCCUUAGCUCCUUUGGCUCGGGUUCUUACAUUUUUUUCGAUUCUACGCAUAGCAGACGGGCAGGACAAGUAUUCAAAACAAUAUUUACACAUGAAAUCACUAUAUCAAUCCUGGAUCAAGAACAGCCCAGGGACAAAAAAAAUCAAGUUGCUGGACCGGGUCAACAUCAUGAUUCAUCGCACGAAAUCUUGGCAGGUAUGAUUCAUCAACUUGCCGCAACGACUGCGGUCGCUGCGGGCAGUCUGUUGUCUGCCUGUCUUGUGACUGUUUACGACUGCCAGACGGGUGACACCGUCGCAUUCGAAGUGUCCCCGAGCGCGACCACCAGUGCCAGCGUGCAGUCGUUGAAGUGGCACCUCACGCGGUCGGCUGACUUCGGGCCGUUUCCGCUUCGGAUGCUCGAUCUGUACGCGGAGGGAGAGCAAGACCUGGAACGACAUUCGCCGGGAGGUGAGAGGGCCUUUCCUUCGCAGGGCACAGCGAACACCUGCCCCGCUACGUGCGCAGGAGGUAGUGAACAGAGGCACGAUCAGUUCGGGGCGGAUCCUUUCGCUUUCGCGACAUCUUCAUCCACAACGCGUGCGGCGGAAAGCUCUCGUAACGAUGCGAGAACAUCAACCUCGACCUCCGGAGGCACCAGCACCAGCGGAUCGCCGACCUGCGCGGCACUGGACGAUACGCACCUGCUCUGCCCCAACCCGAGAAGCAGAUGGCGGCAAUCUCAGGUCCGCGGUGGCACGUCCUCGAGGCCGUUCGUACCGGAGGAAACAACCGUUGUUCCGCCGUGGCGGGAGGUGCACAACCAGGCGAAAAACGCGCUUGGGUUGUUCGUCAAUGCCGAAGAAAAGAGCAACUACAAUAGCCUCCCCGUCGUCUCGCGAGCUCGUUAUCGCCUAACGCGAAAGUCGUACGCGGCGCCGAGUUUUCCGAUGCUCCUGGGGCAUUACAUUCGGGACGAGCUUCUUGCGUGGACGCUGCUGUCGCCCUGCGAGGCUACCGGGGGACGCAUCGUAUUAGAACAGCCACCCAUUCUGUUGCCCGCGAGUAGUAGAGAGGGGAUCACGGUGCCUGAGGACAAGCAGCAAGACUUGAGGAGCAACCAAAACGCAGUUUCAUCGGGAUUCCUGCAGCAGGCACGCGUGCCAUCGGCUGAAGGAUCUUUGGAACAGCGCGGGCUCGUUCUUGUUGAUUCUGCAACUACUACUGAGGCGUCAAGAACUACUAAUAGGCCCGCUGCCGGAUCCGCGCCCGCCGGAAGAGUUUGGCUGCAGCGCUGCGAGGCGAACGCAGUUUUAUCGCGUAUAGAAGAUGGCACGAGCAGCCGUGUGAAAGCGAGCCUGAAUCCGAGCGAUGGGCCGCUUCUCAUGUCCCCUGCCGCGGCGAUGGAACAAAGAAGUGACCGCGCACUCCGGGCUGUCUUUUUUCUACUCGACGUGCUCCAACACAUUGAGACCCUGCAACCUUUACGGCUGCUUGCGCUCCAGCGGCUUCCGCAGGUGCUGGGGCUCAUCGGGGGCCGCACCACCGUUCGGGGUAGGGUCGCACAGGAGGCGGCCUGGGGCUCGCUUUUGCAACUCCUGGUGCAGAAUGCGCCGGCAAAUGGAGCACUUCGCAAUGAGAUACUGGCAACGCUGACCUGGCUUGCGCGUACCACGGAAGAAAAGUCGCUGCUGCGAGAGCUGCAACGCACUUUGCCCUCAACGAGUAGAAGAAGCAGUAGUGGUGUGGGAGAUAGAAAGGUGCCGUAGGGUUUUCCCUCAACGAGUAAGGUCCAGCGUUUUCAACUUAGAGAAUGAAGUGCAU